CGUUCCGGCAGAAUUAUUUGAAUGUGACUACCCUGAACAUAGCAUCGCAAUCAUGUAGCAGCAGCGACGUUCACGCGUCAACUGUCAACGGGUAUACCUAUAAGAAGCAUAAGCCAACGGUGCUGGUAACCUAUAAAAUGCAAAAGAGAAAAUUUUUAUAAUCGCGUUGACAUUUAUUUCCUAUUGAAUGAAGAUGGGACGUUUAGCAGAGCUUGCCGGAGAUGGGGAGUCUGGAGAAAAAUCACGAACUUUUGUAUUCCAGGACGAGGGUCAUACUUUGGGAAAUGCUCUUCGAUCAAUUAUUGCUCAAUAUCCAGAUGUUCAAUUCUGUGGUUAUACGGUGCCCCAUCCUGCAGAGACUAAGAUGCACUUCAGAAUACAGGCAAAGUCUGGUCGUGCCGUUGAUAUAUUGAGGAAGGGUUUAGAAGAUCUGGAGAAAGCCUGCGAACAUACUGCCAAAGCUUUUGAUACCGCAUGGCAGGCCUCCCGUUAAAAUUCACAUGAGUGACUUGUUUGGAGACAAUUGUGAGAUACAAGGGAUGUUUGUAUUAUGAAUCCUCUCUUAUGACUUGGAGAAGUGAACCUGAUUUGUCGUCAGUUUCAAAUCAAUUUUGUGUCUUUACUUAGAAUAGAUUGGCACAACAACAGAA